CCUGGCGUUCGCCUUAGCUCACAUGACCCGGAAACCGGAAGCCGGAAGCUAAACAUCGCCGCCUCAUGAGAGACGCCAAAUAAUAACAAUGUUGUCAUUUUGUAAUAUACAAUAACCUUAUCUGAAAGUGCUCGAUAUCCUUCGUCAAUCCGUACGAUAAUGAAUCUGCGUGUCCAACUUAAGUGUAAGAAUUUGCAUGAGUACUUGAGAGAGCUGAGUCCGGACAUCUUGGACAGACUGUACAACCAUCCAGCAACUUGUCUGGCGGUCUACAGGGAACUCCCCUCUAUGGCCAAGAAUUAUGUGAUACGUAUGUUGUUCCUUGAUCAGCCACUUCCACAGGCGGCAGUGGCAUUGUGGGUGAAUAAAGACAAUCAGAAAGAUCAUGAUGAAUGUGUCAAAGUCUUGGUUGGACUGUGCCUUUGGCACAGUCAGCAGCUCCAGGGUGGUCGGCAGGGAUACAUUUUAAAUCCAGUAUUCAAAGACAACCUGACGAUUGCGCUGCUUGGCGGGGGCACAGCGUGGGCGGAUGAGGGCAGCACUUUGGGUCCUGACCGCCAUUCACGGGACAUUGAGAGUCUUGACCGUUAUGCUAUGGAGCGUUGGGAGGUCAUUCUGCAUUUCAUGGUGGGCUCUCCCAGUGCUGCCGUCAGUCAGGACUUGGCACAGCUGCUAGUUCAAGCAGGUCUCAUGAAAAGUGAAUCAGGAGAGGCGCCCUAUAUAACCUCAGCUGGUUUCCAGUUCCUCCUCCUGGACACUGCCUCUCAGCUAUGGUACUUCACCCUGCAGUACCUCAAAACUGCUCAGUCUAGAGGGAUGGACCUGGUCGAGAUCUUGUCAUUCUUAUUCCAGCUCAGUUUCUCUACUCUCGGCAGAGAUUACUCAGUGGAGGGCAUGAGUGAGUCGUUACUCACUUUCCUGCAGCACCUGCGGGAGUUUGGACUGGUCUUCCAGAGGAAGAGAAAGUCAAGGCGUUAUUACCCCACCAGACUGGCCAUCACUCUGGCUGCAGGGGUCACUACUAGCGCCUCCUCCUGCUCCAACUUCACUUCCACUCCUGGUACUGGAGAUGAAGGCUUCAUUGUGGUGGAAACAAAUUAUCGUAUCUAUGCUUACACAAACUCCGAACUCCAGAUCGCUCUGGUGGCUCUCUUUAGUGAAAUGCUUUAUCACUUCCCUAAUGUAGUUGUGGCUCAAGUUACAAGGGAGUCAGUACAACAGGCCAUCGCCAAUGGUAUCACUGCACAGCAGAUUAUCCACUUUCUAAGGACCAGAGCUCACCCUGUCAUGCUUAAACAGACUCCAGUGUUACCUCCAACCAUAACAGAUCAAAUCCGACUGUGGGAGCUGGAGAGAGAUCGACUACAGUUCACAGAGGGAGUUCUGUAUAACCAGUUCCUCUCCCAGGCUGACUUUGAGGUGCUGCGAGACAGAGCUCAGGGUCUGGGCUGUCUGGUGUGGCAGGACGUGGCUCACAGGACGAUGGUGGUGACACCGCAAGGACACAGUGAGGUCAAGAGGUUCUGGAAACGACAGAAGUCCCACUCAUAAUUGGUGACAAGAUGCACGCAUAUACCUUAUUUUUCUUUCCCUUUUUGAUACUACUCUUGAUUUUAGCCAAAGCCAAACUUUUUGAGUAAAUGAUUUGUGUAAUUUGUAGAUAUGCUGAUGGGCUACUUUCUUAUACAAUGCAGGAUAAGAGGCUUGUAAAAAUGGAAUUAAAUAUAAGCAUUGCAAAUGUUUUCUGUGUAAAGGAAUAUAUUAAUUAGGUUGAUUUGAACACUGUUUUUUGGUUUUACAAGAAAACACCACAGGGACCUUUAAGCCUUGUAUGCUUAUGGAUUGCAGGGGGCCAUUGCAUAUCUAGAAUAAUUAAGCUUUUGCCUGAUGCUUGAUUAAACCAGCUGUUUACACUUUACAGGAACACAGUUAAAGUACAACAAUUAUUUUUCACAUAUAAUUGUUUUCAGCCCUCAGGUUGAAACCAGAAUUUACCAAAUGCUCAGUUGUCUAAUAUCUGACCUGAUGGAGAAACAUCAAACUAAAACCAAAACAUCAGCAUCAGAGUAAAACUGACACUCCUGAAGUGUUCACACUUUCAGACUAAAUGGGGGCCUCUGGCUGAGGUAUUGAGUGGUUGUCACUCUAUGCAUCUAUGUGAAUGGGUAAAUGGCAAAAAUCUGUAAUGUUAAGCGCUUUGAGUGGUCAUCAACACUAGAAAAACACUAUUUAAACACAGACAGACCACUCCCAGGAGUUCAAAAACUUCCAAGACUUCCAAAAUUUCCAAAAGGAUCCUCAAAGGGACUCCUGUGAACUUUGAAAGUGAGAUUAGUGCACAUACCAACAUCCAACCAUUUCCCCCCCAGUAUUGAUGUGUUAUUACAUAGUUUAGGUUUGAUAUUUUGAACUUACAGAAUAUGCAAAUUUGUAUCAACCACUAUUUAACUCUGCCAAUCACCAAACUUUUAAAAACCACUUGUGUGUGUUAGGAGGCAGAGGUCUUCAUAAAUUCAAUGUGGUGUUUUUUCUCUGAAAGUUGGGAAAGUAGCCCUUUGGCAUAGCUUUUAUUUAUUGGAAAUGCUCUAUUUCAAUGCCUUUUUAUCUGUUUUCUUCUUCCCUACCACUGUUGUUUUGGCUCAUUGGCUUUUUUGGUACAAAGUCAAUAAAUGUGGAUCAGACCAA